ACAACCUUAAGUCUCGACCACUAUCUCCCGAAACGGAUAAAGAAACCAUCGAGCCUUACUUACUUUCUCCCACUCCUUCGAUUCCGAUUCUCAGAACAGAAACGCCACAACCAAUUCUCGAACAAAAUUUUAGGGAUCGUAAUUUCAUUUCACAGGUAAUUGGUUUUAAUGACAACCAAAUACCGAAAGUGGACAGCAUAUUUGAAGAAGGGAGUGAUAGUUGGAGGGCUUAUAAUUCCGUUAGAAAAUUGACUCAAAGGCAAAAAGAGAUUGAAGAAAAAUAUUCGACGGAGAAAAGGAAUAUGAAAUUGGGUCAGCCAAAAAAUAAAGUUGCUUUUGCAGGGUCUCAGACUAACCUAGAAAGUGCGCAGGUAUUUCGAUUGCUAAUGUCACAAAUGGGAUUACUUUCCUUGGAAAAUCGCCACAAGGUGAUACCGUUGCAAAUAUCAGGAAGACUUAUUAAAGACCUUGAAAAAUUGGAUACAUUGAAUGAACGAGAUUGUUUGAGUACUUCGGUCUAUUUUGUAAAGUCUGGGAUUGAGGAUUACGAAUCCAUCAUAAAUCCUCCUUCAAUUAGCGAGGACUUUGAAAAAUUCCUGAAUAGUUUAGGAUGGCCUGUGAGUUACAAAGCAAAGUUAAAUUCAUCAUUUUGCGAAACGACACCGUAUUUUGCAGAUAGAACAACCGAAGUAAUAUUUAAUAUUCCAUAUGUGAUUCACUUGCCAAAACCUGAAGCGCCUUCGGAGUCACUGUCAGCUUUAUUUAAGAAUAUAUCCGCUGAUGAUUUGGUUUCCGUCGUUUGGAUUGAGGAUAUUUUAUCAAUGCAUAAUAUUCCUCCGAAAAUUGGUCAAUCUAUAUUUGUAUAUAUAUUUGUUCAUCCUUUGCAGAAUGCUACUGGAUU